AGUAAAUGUAAAAUGUUUUCCUUGGUAAUUUCUUUUUUAUAGCUAUCUUUAUAAAAUAAAGGGGGAAAUAAUGAGUGGAAUGACUGGAAGAAGUAAGCAAGGAGAAAUUUUUUUAAUAAUCUAAAAUAUUUUUGGAUAUAUUAGGGACCUCUUGGAAUUUUAGGUUUUUCUAAUUAUAUCUCCUAGGGGUAACUAUUAUAAAUUAUGAUUAUCUUCUACAUUAUAGGUAUUGUCAAUAUGGACUCACCAUAUGGUUCUGUAACACCUUCUUCUACACAUUUGGGAAACUUUGCCUCAAACCUUUCAGGAGGUCAAAUGUAUGGACCUGGGCCACCCCUUGGAGGAGCACCCACAGCUGCUAACUUUAACAGACAACAUAUUUCCCCGCUUAGUUUGUUGACUCCGUGUUCAUCAGCAUCAAAUGAUUCUCCUGCACAGUCGGUAUCCUCCGGAGUUCGUGCACCUUCUCCUGCCCCAUCAUCAGUACCUUUAGGGUCAGAAAAGCCCAGCAACGUCUCUCAGGAUAGAAAAGUUCCAGUCCCUAUUGGGACGGAACGUUCUGCACGUAUCAGGCAAACUGGAACUUCAGCUCCAUCUGUUAUUGGGAGUAAUUUGUCCACAUCAGUAGGGCAUAGUGGCAUCUGGUCCUUUGAAGGGAUUGGUGGCAAUCAAGACAAAGUAGACUGGUGUAACCCUGGGAUGGGAAAUCCUAUGAUGCACAGGCCAAUGUCUGAUCCAGGAGUGUUUUCACAGCAUCAAGCAAUGGAGCGAGAGAGUACAGGAAUUGUAACUCCUUCUGGUACAUUCCAUCAGCAUGUUCCUGCAGGAUACAUGGACUUUCCUAAAGUUGGGGGUAUGCCUUUUUCUGUGUAUGGGAAUGCAAUGAUUCCUCCAGUAGCACCUAUUCCUGAUGGUGCUGGAGGACCCAUAUUUAAUGGCCCUCAUGCUGCGGACCCCUCUUGGAAUUCCCUGAUAAAGAUGGUUUCAAGCUCCACAGAAAAUAAUGGCCCUCAAACGGUGUGGACUGGACCCUGGGCACCUCACAUGAACAGUGUGCAUAUGAACCAGCUUGGCUGAUGAGGAUCAGCUUGUUAGCCUGCAGAUUCCUUUUCAUUCAGAGGAAAUCACAAGUGGCCGAAAAAAAAUUUAUGCUCCCAAAUCAUUCUACUGAUGUGCUUGACUGAAGUGUGUAGGCUUUUUGCAGAAGAACUUACUAACUGACCUAUUUUCUGUGAACAUUUGUGACUGCCCAUUCCCCAUCAUCAUCUGUUUUACCUUAGUUAGCAUUUUUCUUAUCAUUUUUCUUUUUUUCUUUCCCUCUUCCCCUUUGGACAUAACUUUCUGUUGAAGCUGUUCUUUGGCUGGUUGGUUUUAGUACUGUAAACUGCUUCUGAGCAAACACGGAAAUUUAGCAAAAUUAUGUAAACUUGAUCCUGAAGUUUUAGAAUGGCAAAUAAAUGUACAAUUGUUUACAUAACAGAAAAGGCUAAGCAGAAAGUAAAUUUCAAUAUGUCAGUAUAGAGGCUCUACUUUAUGUAGACUUAAAUUAAUGUGAGAUAUGUACCUUCAUAUUCAGAAAUCUGGAUGUUUCCUUCAUACAUUAAACUAUUAAUAAGUACAACUUUUUUGCUUGUGUAAUUUAAGUAUAAAGUAAAACAAUGGGCAUUAUCAGUGAAUGCUUCCCGACGUUGGCUUUUAAAAUACCCAUGCUUCUCUCUUUUGAGUUUGUUUGCAGCAAGGCACAUAUAGAAUAAGAAAUUUAUCACUUUUUCAUGUCUCUUUAUUACCUUGUCACACUUUUAAAACUAAUACACACUUCUCUCUUCAUUCUUUUUUCUCUCCUCACCCUUACCACUAAUACCGGUAAAAUUUUCUUGCUGAUAGUGAAAUAAUUCUGUAAAGAUUUUUACUCCAAUGGCUGCUACAGAGAGAUGGAGAAUCUUCAUCAUCAUGUGUCGUUUCUUCUAACCAUAAAACAUACAGUCUUUUUGAGAAUUUAAAAAGCCACCACUGGUUCCCAGUCAGCAUAUAUAAGCUCUUAAUAUACUGUUUAUUAUUAAACAAUUCAAUGUACUAUUUUAUAUUGGAUAAUAUUGAUUCUUAACAUUGGCUUUCUAGUCAUCAGGAGUCAACAUAAAAAUUCCAAUUUUCAGUAAUUUAGUGGAAGGUGUUUGGAUUUUUGGUUUUUUUGGUUUUUUUUUUCAAUUUUAAAGGCUUCGUAAUCUCUACACUUGUAUAUUAAAAGUGAAAGGGAUCAACAGCUAACUUGGGGCAAGUAAUAAAAUACAUUUUGCAUUUUUCAUUAAGACAAUUUAUGGUAGACAGGAAUACACAGGUUACAAAAUAAAGUCUCCAUUUAACCUGUUUAUAUAAGACACAGGGCCACACUAAACUACUCAGUGGAAUUUAUCUAUUCAGUUCACUUGAAACAAUAAACAGUAACAUAUCCAAGAAGAAUAUGUGUCCUACCGUCUCAUGUGGAAAAAUAAAUUAUAUGGUUGAAAUGUAAAAGAAAGUAAGCAUAAAAGUGAAGUAAUGUAUAUAUCAAUCUGUCUUUUUUUAAAAAAAAUUAGACCUAAAUUCCUCACUGUUGAAACAUAAACAUUAACUAAAAUUCAGAUAGAUCACCCACAAUUGACAAUAUUAAUAUGGUUCCUUGGCUGUUCAAGUAAAUGAAAUGAUUUCUUUACUCUGUUAGCCUGAGUAAAGAGUAAAAAGAGGAUUUCUCAAACAUAUCCAGAAGUUUGUAAACAACACAUUUAUAUCUUUUAUUUUAGGAGGUAGUCUUAAAAUAUAUAAAUUUGUUUUCCUACCUGUCCUUGAUUGAUAUGACCAAAUUUAAAGGAACAGCUAAAUGAUAUCCUACAAAUAAAUACACUUAUGACAUAAAAUGAUUGCACUUUACUAAGAAAGGGGUAUAAUGCUAUUUAAGAGUAUUUUAUGUAUGACUUUUGCCACCAUCCUAUAAUUUUUUGCUUAAUUUCUUUGUUUACUAGAGUUUAUUUUCUAAUUAAAACAAUCUUGCUAGAUAACAGAUACUAGCCAGUAUUUAUCAAAACACAUGACUUGUGUUGACUCACAAAAGUGAAUUUCUUAAGAUAGGGUGUCUUACUAAAAAAGAAAAGGAAAAAAAAACCCUGUAUGUAUAUUUUUUACUUUAUUUUUUACUUUACAGGACAGGGGAGUACUGAUUGAUUGGAAUGUUCCUUAUUUAGUUUUGGGGAUCAGGCUUGUUAAAUACAAUACCAUGGUUUUAGAAGUCUGUAGUAGGAAAAUUUUUCAAAUACAUUUUUUAUAUUUCAGAUGUAAUGCAGUGCACUUUUAUUUGAACAAUAAAACAUAAUCUUUUGAGACCAUGCAGGUCUUUUUUCCCCCCCUUUUUGAAAGUAUGUGGUAUGUAUAAUUGCAGACUAUGUAAGGUCUUUCUUUUCUCUUAUUCUUUUAAGAAGCAGCUUAACUCUUGGACAUAGCAGUUAGGUUAGUUCACACCUUAAAUCCCAAAAUAGUUAAUAUCCCAAUUAUUGUGUAAUCUGUUUAUACCAACCAUUCCAUUUUAGAGAUACUUUUGUUUACUUGUGCCAAGAGAAUCCCCAUUUUAUGCCUUUUCAACAUAUAUUUCAACAUAUACCAAUAUAUUCAAAAAAAGUAAUUUUAGUGUUCAUGUGAAAGAUAUUUUCCCCUUCUGUUCCCUGUUACUAUAAAGUUAAAUCAUUUUAUUAGUAAUUGAAAAUUAAUUUCUUUUGGUAAUUACUAUACUUACCUUACAGUCAUUUUUCUUCUCAGGAAAAAGAAGGAGGUAAAUAGUUCACUAACUGUUCCUGUCUUGUUUUUCAUGAAAGUAUUAUUCCAUUUUUCUUUUGAUUCAAAUGACCUAAUACACAUUUCA